CUUCGGAAGAACAGCCGCUCUAUCACCUGUCAUUGCAUUGUUCAUUUACACAAUUCUUGUUUACAAAGAAUUUUCAAAAUUUAAGCGUUCAAAACAAUACGUAUCAAGAUAAAAUAUUUAACGCACUGUUUUGACAAAAAUUUAUGCCUAAUUUCACUGUUUUCUUUUUGAGUUAUACACAAUCAUGCAAAGGAGCUCUUUGGUAGUUUUGUUAACAAUCGUUCAUGUGUUGAUAACAUUAGGAAUCGGGGAAAUCACAAGCAAUGGAAACGCUCAUCCUCGGAGCUUACACGCUCGCGCGGUGGACAGCUAUGUUCGAAAUUGCACCAACGGCACGUGUCGAUACGUGCUCUUGGUCUCUUAUACCAAGGAUAACGUCACAUCGGAGAGCGCCACCCCUGGGCUGGCAGAAAUAAAGACAAGUCUCAGUGAGCUACAGAAGGCUCUAACGACGGAUAUGACGUACGUAUCCACGGUUACGCACGCGCUGACGUCCGGAAUCACGGCGCUGGCGACACAGAUGCAAGUCCUCACAAACGUUACACGUGACAUAUCAGCUCGUUAUAAUCAGCUGGCCUUCCGGAUGUCGGCCCUGGAAGAGGCGGCCAACACCAGCACGCUCCUGGGACUGGAAACCCCCGUUGUCGUGCGACCUGACGUCACUGACGCUCACAAAGCAUUCGGCAUGGACUGCGCGGCCUGGUACAGAGCGAGUGCCAAUCACAGCGGUGUGUAUGGUCUUCAGCCGGAUCCAAGCAACCACAGCCACCGGUUUGAUGCGUUCUGUGACAUGCGCAAUGGCGGUGGCUGGACUGUCAUACAGAGAAGAGAAGACGGGUCCGAAGACUUCUAUCGGAGCUGGAAAUCCUAUAAGACCGGCUUCGGGAGCCUCCGUCACGACUUCUGGCUGGGGCUAGACAAGAUACACGCCCUUACAGAGGCCGGAAACACCGUGAUGCGCAUCGAACUUACUGACUGGGAUGACGAGACGAGAUUUUCCGAGUUCUCGUACGUUCGCGUUGCAGACGAGAACGACGAGUAUCGAAUACUGGCGGGAAAAUACACCGGAAACGGCGGAGACCCUUUUCACACUCCUCGAUUCUCUGAUCGUAUGCAGAGCAUGCGAUUUUCCACCUACGACCGAGACAAUGACCUUGACCCGGCCGGAAACUGCGCGGUGACCUUCACUUCCGGUUGGUGGUUUAACAGCUGUUUCCUAGGCAACCUGAACGGGGUGUGGUACGGUAACAGCUCGUACACGUCGCUCACGAGCAAUGGGAUCAUCUGGGAUCUGUGGACGGAGCACGCGCGGGGAUACUCACUGAAGAAGGUGGAAAUCAAGCUAAGACCGGAAGUGAUGGAUGCGUAGCGUUUGACAUGAUAAUGUACACAUACAUACAUAAUUUACGUAAAACAGUCGGCUACCGCUUUGCAUUAAGGGUGUUGAAAUCAUAAUACAUAUACUUAUAUUUG